UUACCCACGCAAGCGCUUCCUCUACGUUUUAAGUUAAAUAGCAAUAGAGUUGUUAUCUGAUUUGAACUAAUUUUGGGAUCAUUUUGCUAUACCUAAUCAGAUUAUUAGAUUUACAAAUGUUCGAAAAUCCUGGGACAUGUUGACAUCAAUGUAUUUAAUGACAAUAAUAAUGUACAUUUGAAAUAAAAUAAUUAUAAGACUAAAAUAAUCAUUUUGACAAAGAAUAAUGAAGUCAUUGUAAAUUAACUGUACAGAGGAAGAUAUAAGAAUACAAUAAAGCCAAGAUUUGCUAUGUAAGCUGAGAAACAGUAGGAGUAAUUAUGCUAAAAUUUUCUAAAGUACGUUAUCUCUUCACCUUUGCUGGAUUCCUUGGUUUCUUCACAAUCUAUACAAUAAGAGUAAACAUCAAUGUAGCCAUAGUUGCUAUGGUUAACAGCACUGUUUAUGUGCACAGUAACACCACGUCUGGAGAUGAAUGCAAAGUUCCAACAGAUGACUUACCAAUAAAUUCAUCUAACCAUGAUCAAAUAAAGGAUGGAGAAUUUUAUUGGUCUCCAAGUUUGCAAGCCACGAUUCUUGGAUCUUUUUAUUAUGGUUAUUGCGUUUCGCAGAUCCCUGGAGGAAGGCUUGCUGAAAUGUAUAGUGGAAAAUGGGUAUUCGGAAUUGGAACUUUUAUAACAGCACUGUUGACUUUAUUGACACCAAUGGCUGCUCGAUAUAGUGUUGAUGUUCUGAUUGCUAUUAGAGUUUUGGAAGGAUUAGCACAGGGAGUGACAAUGCCAGCUAUGCAUUCAAUGCUAGGACGGUGGUUACCAGAUUCAGAAAAAGCUUUUUUAUCUACAAUAAUUUAUUGCGGCAUACAUAUAGGAACUGUAGUCACCUUAUUCGUUUCUGGACUUCUGUGUGAUUCAGAAUUUCUUGAGGGCUGGCCAUCCGCUUUUUAUGUUUCAGGUAUUUUGGGCUGUGUCUGGUUUAUAUUAUGGAGCCUUUUCGUCACGGACUCCCCUCACACACACCCUUUUAUCACAAAGACGGAACUGCAAUUUAUUACUUCCGAUCAAAAAAUUAAAUCCAACGUGAAACUUCCCUCAAUUCCAUGGCGAAAAAUUUCGACGUCACUUCCGUUUUGGGCGCUGGUCAUCGCUCAAGUAGGAGGAGAUUGGUGCUUUUACACAGUACUCAAUGACUUACCUACCUAUUUCAGUACAAUACUCCAUUUUCCAAUUAAGCAGAAUGGAUUUCUUUCGUCAUAUCCUCACCUGAUUCAACCAGCAGUUGGAAUCCUUGUUGGAUUUACAUCAGAUACUCUUUUGCGAAAAAAAAUUGUUUCCACGAACUUCGUUCGCAAAUUUUGUACAGCCGUGUGUGGAUUCGGACAGACAUUAGCUUUUAUUGGCGUAUGCUUUGCGGGAUGUGACUUUACACUGAAUGUUGUUUUCUUUACGUGUGCUAUUGUGAUUGGUGGAUUUUAUUACAGUGGAUACAAUUUGACCCAUUUAGAUUUAUCUCCAGAAUAUGCAGGAACUUUGAUGGGAGUUACAAAUACUCUUUCAAACAUACCUGGAUUUUUGGCACCUUUUGUUGUGGGAGCUUUGACUGAACACCAGCAAACAUUGCACCAGUGGAAAAUUGUAUUUGGAAUCGUAAUCGCUGUUUUAAUCGUCAGUUUUUUGUUUUACGUUAUUUUUUCCUCAGCUGAGAAACAAGAUUGGAUUGCCGAAGAAGAACAGAAAUCUAUAUUAGAUUUUUCUCAAGAACCUUCUGCCCAGAAUUCUUCGAAUGAAAGAAAUGAAGAAAAAAUUAGAGUACAAAUGUGAAAUAAAAGAAUAUUAUUUAUUUUUAUAAAUUAAUAAAAGAAAUUUUAUUCUUAUUAGCACAGGCAUUUCUAGGAAUUUCAACAUAAAUUUAAUUAAAUAUUAAUUUUGA